GAUAACACAUUCAAGAUGCCAGAAGCUGAGGACUUGGCUCAGCUUCGGAAAAUGAACCUACAGCUCCUACGGCAGCUGCGGUUGGGGCAGGAGGAGAUCCGGAGGUCUGUGGCCUGGGCCAGGGGGGCAAUCCAGCUGUUCCCAAAGCUUACAAAAGGGGAGGGGAGCAGCAUCCAGUCAUCAGAAGCUUGGUGUAGUCAAGAUGAAGAGACCACUGUAUCCAGUGAACCCACCACCCAGUUGGGCCCCUGCCCAGCCCCUCGAGCUGCCACUGGGGACAGAGAAGCCUCAGACCAAGAACCGGAAGGCAGAAGCCAAGAGCCAGCCCCACAGAGCAGCACUGGUAACAACAGUGAGACUACAAAGAAUGAGUCUUCCUUGGAGAGUGUAUCUUCCUCAGAUUCUGCCUCAUCUAGCAUACCCCAGGGUCAGGAGCCCAAAGUCUCCUGGAGGCCUAUUUCCAGACCCACUUCAUUAAACUUGCCAUCUUCCCCUGAGGCUGCAAAAUUGGGGCCCACAAUUGACCCUGUACUCUUUGGGCUCCAGAGGCCAUUACAUGAAACAGAAGAUCCGGGAGGCCUAAGGCCUAUCCUAACAGCCCAGCAGUGGCAGAAUUUCAAGACCUCUCAGGUACCUGCCUGGUUCGGCUCUGAAUCCAUCAACCCAAAGCUGCGCUGGCUUCCCACCUCUUCACACCUGCCCGGUGGACAGCUGCCCAGCUGCCCCCAUGAUCAGGAUUUUCUGAUUCCCAAAGAGAGCUGGCAUAUGAAGCCUUAUUUAGGCUAUGAUGUGAUUGCAGGAUUGCUGGACUCAACAUCUCCCAUCACCCACAAAUCUGAAAACUACUUCUCCAAUCUUCAGGAUUUUCGGAAGGCUAAUAAGGAAGACUGUAUUUCCAGAUAUCCAGAGCUGGAUCCUCUGGACUUAUCCUCAACUACUAGAAACAAGCAAACCCCGGAUUCCCAUCAAUGUUUACAUUGUUACCGAGUCAACCAGCGUCUAUUUACAGUUCCCUUGGAUCCCCUAGCCACCUGCUGUAUGUGCAAGACGUUCCGCGGCCAGAGGGGCCGUGAGACCGUGGAUCACCCUGCCCAAAUCAGAGUCAGUGUCCCUGUCUCAACCUUCCUGCCACCCCACCAAUACCCCAUUCAUCGGCGAAAAAGCUUCGAUGCCUCAGACACCAUGGCUUUGCCUCGGCACUGCCUGAUGGGCUGGGACAACAUCCCCACAUCAUCAGCCUGCAGUUCUGCCCUUAGCAGCCUGGACCUCAGGACCUCCCUAGACCCUGGGACUCAGCAGACAGAGCCCCCAGACCUCUCCGGUUGGGUAAAUCAGCGCAUGCCCAUUCCGGCCAGCCGAGGAACAGAGUCCCCGCCUACUGUCAGGGUGCCUACAGUCAGAAGGCCCCAGUCUUCUAGGAGCUCAAACUGGAACUGGUCAGACUCCCUGCUCUCCAUGUCUCGAACCACACAAUUCGAGCUAAGCAAUGUCGCUGAGCGCUAUUUGUCGGGUAGCAGGCGCCCCCCUCGGCCAUGAGGGCACAUCCUGUGCCCAGCCCCCUCCCGUUGGGGGGACGGGCCCUCGCCUCCAGGACUCUCCUGCUACUCUUCUCCAAUAGGGGCUCAUUCUUCGGGCCAAACUUCCAGACUGGGAUUGUUCUGCCCUCGGCAAGAGACACCUCCACACUGUGGGGCAGACCACCUCAUCCUACUGUCCCCAGCCCCUUCCCCCUGAGAGAAGGUGCUGGGAGGCUGUGGGAUGGGCUUGGGGCUCGGGCCCAGGCUUCCCCAGGCCACUGGGUGCAGUGAUGAUAACGAGAACAAAGGCAACCAUGUGUGCCUUUUUAGAAAAUAAACCUGCAAGAUCUCUCAGGAGCUUUAGCCUCCCUCAUUCCUGCUUUUAGAGAGCCCUGUGUGAACUGGUGGGGCUUGCAUGGGUGAUGGGCCAGAGCCCUGUGUGAACU